GUGCUCUCACUUUGGCAUUUUGAUGAUUUGUCCCUCGUGAACCACCCACCCAGCUCCCAAAAUACAUACAUACAUACAUAUAUAUAAUAUAAUACUCCCCCAAGAUUUGUGACGAAACCAGUUAUCUACACACACAUAUAUAUAUAUAUACACAUACAUAGGCAGACACGAAUUAAGGUUGAAGCAGAUUGGGUAAGAAGAGAAGUAGUACAUUUAAGGAUUUGUUUGGAAUGAAUUGAACUGCCCCCUCUUCAUUUGUUCGAUCAAAUCUAACCCACCAUCAAGAUUUGCUUUGGGUUCUGUGUCUUCUUCAUAUACAUACACUCACAUAUAUAUAUAUAGAGUCUAGAGAGAGAGAGAGAUAGAGAGAGAGGGAAGAAUCUAGAGAUAGAGAGAGUUUGUCUUCCUUCCUUCCUUCCUUCUCCAGAAGUUGUGGGAUUUCUUGAGAAGUUGAUUUUUCGCUGUAAUAAUCCAACAGCAGAAUCGAGUCUUUUGUAUGAUUUGUCCGAGAUGGAGAAUCUUCUGAAUCCUUACGACAAGGAGUACAUGAAAAUGGCGAUGUUAAAGCACGAGGAAACCUUCAGACACCAGGUUUCUGAGCUCCACCGUCUCUACCGAAUCCAGAAGAUGCUAAUGAAGGAUGCCGCCACCGCCGGAAACACCCGCCGCCAUCCACAUUACGCAUCGCCGGCGGGUAUCCAAUUUCCCGACCCGACCCGACCCGCCGGAAAAUAUAGUUUUCCGGCAAUCGAAGAUGAGCAGAGCGAUCUGGAGCUGACAUUAGGGCCCCGAAGCUAUUACCAGAAGAAAAUCAAAGCUUCCGAACCGGAGCUCCGGUCCGAUUCCGGCACGAGCUUUUCUUCUUCCUCGACCGGGUCGAACCACAUAAAAUUGCCCCGCCAGAAAUGGGGGCUCCCGACAGCAAUUAAUCCUGUAUCUAAUCAGGACAGGCUCAGCAGCCCGCCAUGGAUUCUACCCAGCCUUAAUUUGACAUGAAAAAUUAAUUGAAAUGUAGUUUUAGGGUUUGGGAUUUUUAAUUCCAAUUAAUGUUUAUAAAUUUUGUUCAUUUCAGAAAA